AAAUUCUGCAAAAAAAUGCUAUUUUUCCUACAGCUUGUGGAAGAAAAUGCGGCAGAAGAUGCCACCCAGGACGAGAAACGAAGUGGAAUCCUUCGCUCCAAAAAGAGCGGCUCUCACCGCAGCCUCCGGGCUUGGCGGUGGCCUCCGGCAAAAGCCUGGCGGCACUCUGGGCAGCCCGCAGACCCCUCCGAGGGAUGCUCCCGCGGCGCGGGCGAUGCCCCCGGAUUCGGCGGCCAGGGCGGGAUGAGGCUGCUGGGCGCCGCGCUGCUGGCCGCCGGCCUGCUCGGCGCCGCCGGCCGGGCCGAGGAGACGCCGCGGGACGACAGGCGCCCGCGGACCUGCUUCUUCGAGCCGCUCGGCAGCCUGGACAGCAAGUUCUGCAGAGGGGAUUUGGAAGUCAUCUACCCCGAGCUGGGCGACGUGGGCUGCACCUACAUCCCUGAGUGCCGCCAGUACAGGCGGCGCAUCAGCCGCGAGUGGAGCAGCCCGCAGGUCCGGUACGCACGGGCUGGCAAGAGCAAGAAGUACGUGCUGAUCAUGGUGGACCCGGACGCUCCCAGCCGAGCGAAUCCGAGGAACCGCUUCUGGAGACACUGGCUCGUCACCGACAUCAGAGGCGCCGAUCUGAGGGCCGGGAACCCCAAAGGCCACGUGCUGGCAGACUACGUCCGCCCGGCGCCGCCAGCCCGCAGCGGGUACCACCGCUACCAGCUCCGCCUGUACGAGCAGCCGGCGCACGAGGCCAUCGCCCUGAGCGCCGGGGAGCUGGUCUCGCCGGGUGCCUGGUCCAUGGAGCGCUUCGUGGAGCGGUUUCGGCUCGGCUCCCCCGUGGCAUCCACCCAGUUCCUCACGAAGCACCACGGCGAUUAGCCGGGGCGGCCGCCCCUUCCCCGCGCUGCAGAGCCCAGCUGCGGCUGCCGGGAGGACGGUGCCGCCCGCCGGAGACCUGCGACGGCGCCGGGAAGGGGCCUGGGAAGCGCUUUUUUACCUGCCCUCAUCUUCGCAGCCAGAAAUUGCAGCCACCCUCUUCCGAAACGCUGGGCUUGUUCCUGCCGCACGCCGCGUCCCCCGUCUCCUCCCGCCACCCGCUCCCGGGAAGCCCCCGGCACGUCCCGCCGGCGGCCUGGGAGCCCUCAGCUGUGCCGCCUGCGGCUUGCGGAAUAAAGUGUGGAUAGAGCA